AUGUCCUCCUCGGAAGAUGAUUCUUCUCCUGAUACCUGUUCGACCUGUUCUCGAUACGCCAGGGAAGGAAGAUUGGACUUUUCCAAGUCUGCAGUUGCAGCUUCCGCAGCAGUACAUCAGGAAUGCUCCGAAUGCGAUGCUUUUGAAAUCGACGAGAGCCAACUCUGCGGCUUCUGCAUUCACAUUCGCCCUUCCCACUUAUUAACGUGUAGAUGUGUCCAUGACCUGUACAGAACCAAGGUUUCGUCCAUCGAAGGAGAAUACAAUAUCGUGAUGGGGACUCUAUCUGAGCUGAAGUCGAGGCAGAGAGGAUGCGCAUUUUGUCGAUGGUGUGUCGAGGCUAUCCAAGCAAAUGCUCGACUAUUUGAGUAUAACGUUGAAGAAUACGAGACGAUACGAAUCGAGAGAGACAUCUGGAUCGAACUGCGUAAUUUGCGCAAAGGUGCUACGAUAUUAGGCCGAGAAGCACACGCGUAUGUGAGCGUCAAGGCCAAGACGUACCGUUCCUACCUUGACUCCGACCAAAGAUUCCACAUUGGCCACAAUAAAGGGUAUUGGAAGACGUCUGUCGCAACCGAGAAUGUCAAACUGGCCGAUUCAAGCCCGCACAGCUUCGGUGACUUUUCCUUGGCAUCAUCCAUUGCUGAUUGGGCUACUGUUCGGCAAUGGAAAUCAGUUUGCGAAAAGGACCACGGCGCCUGCGGUGAGAGAGCGGCGAGUGAACUGCCUGCACACUUUCGACUCAUAGAUGUUACAUCGAGAUACAUUAUCGAUAUUACCACCAGUCCCCCAUCGUUUUUUGCACUCAGCUACGUUUGGGGUGCCGGUUCCGAGGACGAGAUGACACUACGUCAAAACAACUUGGUCGACCUGCAAAAACCCGGUAGCCUGCAUGAACUUCCGCGGACGAUUGUUGAUGCCAUGCGCGUUUGCGAGCAGUUGGGUCAACGCUACCUGUGGGUCGACAGACUCUGCAUCGUGCAAGAUGACAAGCAGGACAAAUACGGACAGAUCAGGUCUCUAGAGGCGAUAUACUCACGGGCAGAACUUGUAAUAAUCGCGGCAUCCGGAGACGAUAUGCAAUCUGGAUUGCCAGGCGUUGAUAACACAUUUCCGAGACAGCAAUAUCAAUUCGCCACAGACGUUUUUGGAUUUACCCUGGUAAACAAACUCCAUGAUUUCAGCUCAGCCUUGCGGACUGUCUGGAACGAUAGAGGUUGGACAUACCAGGAGGCCGUCCUUGCUAGGCGCAAGCUCUACUUCACUGCCGCCGAGAUCUGGUUUGAAUGUGCAGAAGGCAUCAAGCGCCAAAAUGAAUAUUCUACAACUUGGCCCAAAGCACGUGGAUAUCAAGCAAGAAGUUACACCAAUGCUGGAUCCAGCGGUGAUGACUUUGAGGACUACAGAUACCAUCUGGGGCAGUAUUCCAGAAGAAUCCUGACAUAUCCAUCUGAUGUAUACCAUGCUUUCCGUGGUAUUGAAGCUGCAUUCUACCCCGGGAGUGAAAUCAUCCAUGGAUUGCCAGCAUGCGACUUCAGCCGUGCGUUAUUGUGGUCUCCAUACAACAGACCAGAACUGCAAGAACGUCAGUGCAGUGACCAAGAAAUAGUCCUCCCCUCUUGGUCAUGGGCAUCAUUAAUUGGGGCAAUCGAAACUUGUGGAUUAUUUGGUACGAACAAGAAAUACUACAUGCAUGGCUCUUUCUACUGCUCCCUCUGCAAGUGGGAGACUUCGGAAAAUCAAGACGACCAGCAGGCUCUUCGCCAAAUCAAUUCUAUUCACGAUGAAGACGUCUGGAAAGAGUUGGACAAAAUCUUUGCACGAGAGCUAGGCUUUGACAAGCGCCCAAAUCAUCGACAAGUCCUCGCUCUUGCAUGGGCCAAAGGUUGCAUCGAAGCAGAUGUGCCUAAUGAUCUGUUUCAGCACGACUUCGAUCCACGUCGGCUCCGAUCGAGCUCUUCCAUAUCUGCCAAGGAAUUGGCAUUGCGCUGGCCGACACUUCAAGACUUCUGGACUGAAGUUCGAAAGAGGAAUUAUUGCACAGAAGAUCCCCCCGGUCCACCGACUCUUGAAAAAGGGCACAUCCUCACCCGCACUCAGUCGUCAACUCUGCGCGUCGAAUAUGAAGGCAAGUCAGCAGAGGACGCUUACUCCACUGAGAAAUUUCUAAUCCGUCAUGCACCCACCGGCGCAGGCAGUGUUGAGAUUAUCGGAUCACUUCUUGGCGCAGGCGAAUAUAAACUGCGUGGUACAAUGCCGCAGGGGCAAGUGGCCAACGUGGAUUUCAUCGCCCUGGCCUUGGGAUAUAUGCCAGGGACAAUAACGAUGAAGCUGGACAGGGAGACGCAGAGAGGAAAUCGCUUUCAUCAGGAUCAGUCGAGCUAUCUGCUCUUCGAAGACCAGCCGGGUGUCAUUGUCAUGGCUGUCACAUGGACUGGGUCAAUCGCUCGUCGAUUAGCAUUGGGAUGGGUCACGUUGCAAGGCUGGGUGGACUCGAAGCCGACGUUUAGAAGAGUGGUAUUGGCAUGA